AUGCCCCGGUGCCCCCCGGGUGCCAUUCGGCGCCGCCGCCGCGCCACCAACGCGUCCCCUUCGCCGCAGGCCGCGCCCUCGCUGACCCCCACGCACCGGAGCGGCUUCUGCGCCUUCUACGGCGAGUGCGGGCGGAACCCCGAGGUGAACGUGUCGCUGCUGCCCUCGCAGGUGCCCUGCCUGUCCAACACGCCCGCCCGCGCGGCCUCGCUGCCGCUGCUGUCGCUGCUGCGCUCCGUGUGCCCCGAGCUGGUGCGCGACAACGGCACCACGCGCGUGUGCUGCAGCUACAGCCAGCUGAACGCGCUGCGCCUCAGCGUGGGGCUGUCGGGCGCGGUGCUGGCGCGCUGCCCCGCCUGCGCCCGCAACUUCGCCAACCUCUACUGCCACAACAUCUGCAGCCCCGACCAGAGCCUCUUCACCAACGUCACCCGCGCGGCGCCCUACGCGGCGGCGCCCGGCGCGCUCGCCGUGCUCGAGUACCAGCUCUUCUACCGCCAGCGCUACGCCGAGGCCGCCUUCGACUCGUGCCGGGACGUGCGGCUGCCGGCCACGGGCGGCUUCGCCAUCGCCACCAUGUGCGGCCGCUACGGCGCGCAGCUCUGCACGGCGCAGCGCUGGCUGGACUUCCAGGGCGACAAGAACAACGGGCUGGCGCCGCUGCAGAUCGACUUCCAGCUGCUGCCCAACUCCUCCGAGCCCGGCCAGGGCAUCGCCCCGCUGGACGCGCCCGUCUGGGGCUGCGACCAGGCGCCGGACGCGGAGCAGGAGCCGUGUUCGUGCCAGGACUGCGCCCGCUCCUGCGCGCCCGUGGUGCCGCCCGCGGGGCCGCGCCCGCCCUUCCGCAUCGGGGUGGCGGUGGCCGCGGGGCUCUCGGCCGGGAUGGUGACCCUGCGGCUGACCACGGACCCGGUGGAGCUGUGGUCAGCGCCGGGCAGCCGCGCCCGGCAGGAGAAGGCGUUCCACGACCAACACUUCGGGCCCUUCCUGCGCACCAACCAGGUCAUCGUGACCGCGCCCGGCCGCGCCAACCGCACCUACGACUCGCUGCUGCUGGGCACCAAGAACUUCAGCGGGGUGCUGGCCCAGGACGUGCUGCUGGCGCUGCUGGAGCUGCAGGACGCGCUGGCGGCCACCACGGCGUGGGCACCGGGCUCGGGCAGGAACGUCAGCCUGCAGGACGUGUGCUACGCGCCCCUGAACCCCGCCGAGCCCGGCGUGGGCGACUGCGCCGUGUCCAGCGUCACGCAGUACUUCCAGAACAACCGCAGCCGCCUGGCGCUCAGCGCCUGGCAGCAGGACGGCAAGGAGCAGGGCACCGUGGACUGGCACGACCACCUCAUCUACUGCGUCAAGUGGGUGCCGCGGGCGAGGGCCGCGGGGGGAUGGGGGAGGGGCACGGUGUGGCACGGGGGUCGUGGGGUGGUCGCCGGGCGCUCCGAGGUCCCCGCGGGUGGCGUUGGGCGCGGGCCGGGGGCCGGGCGGGCACAGCCCCCGCUGACGCCCCCGGCCCUGCCGCCACCACCCGCGGUGCCGAUCCGGGUGCCGCAGGUGGAGUCCAAGGUGACGCUGGCGCUCGGGGGCAUCGCCGUGGUGCUGGGCGCGGUGCUGGCCGCCAUGGGGCUGCUGGCGCUGCUCGGGCUGCCCUCGUCCCUCAUCAUCAUCGAGGUCGUGCCCUUCCUCGUGCUGGCCGUGGGCGCCGACAACAUCUUCAUCUGUGCCGAUCCCGGGGUGCUGAUCGGG